AUCUGUAGAUAGCGUAGCCAGACCAUCAUUUACAAAAUAAUUUUAAAGAAGUAAAGCUAACAAAUGCGUCCAAAAAAUGGACGUUGUGCAGAAUGGAAAAUAUUUAACGCUGUUUUAAGUGUGUUAAUAACUUUAUGCAGUCUGCUUUUUGCCCUAAACAUUCUAGUUGUUCGUUUUUUUGUUGAGGAAACUAAGUUCAGCAAUUCUGGAUAUUUUAUUACAAAUCUUGAGGAAUAUCCAUUUUUCUGUGAUGCAUUAUCAUUGAGUCCUUAUGACGAUCAAGACACUUUUAUUGUGAAGAAAAAACAGUUUCGAUAUUUCUUGCACAAAAAUCGAUAUAUUUGCAGUUAUAGAAAUCUUACAGAGCCUUUAGAAAAGUUUGUUGAACGAAAAUCAAGACUAAGACUUGCAUCAGGUAUUGAGAAUAACUGCUUAUUUUUCUCAAAUAAAAGACUGGAGGGUGAAAGGUAUUUACAAUGUGGAAAAGAAAGUCUGAGAAAACCCUCCGGCUAUCUGAGCGCCUCGUUCAGAAAGGUGUCGCGGCACCACACCUACAAAGGCGAAGGGUCAAGUCAUGUUAUUUACUGGGACAAACACCGAGAGAGAUCAUUCAUAUCCAAAGAUCUUGUGUAUCAUAAAGGAGAAAUCAAAGUACCUGAAAGUCGAUUCUAUUUCCUAUAUUCUUCCAUACUGAUUAAUUUAACAAACACUGCAAUCCACUUUGGUAGAGCUGACAGAUUUUUGCUACAGGUUUGUGUCAAGAGUCGUGGUUAUGAGCGCACUCUUUUAUAUAAAUCUCAAGUUUAUAAGCAAACUGAAAUGAGUUCAGUUUCAUCCUUAGCGGUUGGAGGCCAUGUUUUUAUUGCAAAGGGUGAUGUGGUUUAUGUCAAGGUGUCCGAAGCAAGCCGAUUGAUUCGAAAUUCAUUCGGGAAUACAUUCGGAAUAAUGCCGCUCAGGUGAACUAAAUGAAACCAUCACAUGGUUGUUUACAUUCAUAUUUAGCAAUAAUUUUCAAAAAUGAAUAAAAAAAUACAUUGUCAAUUAAAUGAACAAAAUCAAUUAAAAUUUAUAUAAAUGUCAUUAUAGAAUCAAUAAACAUUUUUAGAAGGUUUGCUUGGAAUUUGGACAGAAUUUUUCUCUGGAGUUCUUUAUCAUGUCGUUGUGUUUUCAAGGAUUUUGUUUGAGAUACACAUACAUGUAUAUAUCAAUUGUAUAUAUUCACAUUGUAUAUACCUUCGUUAAUUACAAAAAAUAAAAGUGGAUCAUUUA